AUGAUUACAAAUUAUGUUUCAAUGAUUGCUUGGUCUGGUGGAGAUAACGGUCAAGUUCAUCAUAUGAAAUAUUCAUUUUCAAACAUCAAUCAGAUAUCUUUUAUUGAAAGCGAUGAUGAUACAUUCGGACACGCUUAUAUGAGUUGUGAAGAAAAAUAUUUGUUACGACAAUCGGAUUACAGAACUCCUCAGACUGGAUCAACAAAUGUAAUAGGAACUGGUAUUUAUCCUCAACAAUAUUUAACCUCAACUUAUCCAAAUAAUGCAUCAUAUUUACAAGCUAGUAACAGUAAUAUGAAUCCUAUGAUGUCAAUUACAGGAACUAGAUCUGUUUAUCCAGUACCUGUUGCAUCUCUAGCAUCAAUAACAGGAAAUGGUAUGCCUGCUGCAAAACGUGUUGCACUUGCUCCUACAACAACAACACAACCUAUUCAAAACAUCUAUCCUAAUUUAGCUCAAAAUCAACUCCAAUUAGCUCAAAAUCAACUUUAUGGUAGUAGUGGUAAUAGUACUUUCUCUAAUCAAUUGAUAAAUACUGUAAGAACCGCAAACACUGUACCAACUCAAACCUACUUAGGCACAGAUGGCUCAAGUAUUGAUGCUCAAUCAUUUGAAAAUCAAAUGGAUUGGUUAGAAUUAACUAACGAUGAAGAUAUUGUUUAUGAUGAUUUUAGUUACAAUACUGAGUUUUCAAAUACUCCUAGCACUAGUAAUAUAGAAGGAAAUAUAUCGGAUUGGACUCAUGGCUCUUUAUUACAAAAAAAUAUUAACUAUUCAAAUCAAAAUCUUUCUUCAAAAUCUUCAUGUCCACUAAUUAGUCCAAAUAGUCACCAAAAAAAUAAUUCACAACAACAAGAAUCACAGCAACAGCAACAAAAGCAACAAAAUGACAAAGAUCAAUCACCACUACAAUCACAACAAGAUCAACAAAAAUUAGAUCAAGAUCAAGAAUUGGUUUCACAACCAGUUCAAUCUACAUUACAAUCACAACAGCAACAUAAUGACAAUUCAAAUCAACAAUCUGCUACAAUUGUACCAACCAAUUUAUUGAAUAUAUCAAAUGCACCACCACCAAAACUUCAUUUACCAACUAAUCAAGGAAUAGCUGGUAGAAGAAACCGUCAGGUUAACAAACAAUCUGAAAAAAAUCCUUCUGUUGCUAAUAAUAUAUCACCAAUACCUUCAGUCUCAUCACAAUUUCCUAAUCAACCAUCUUCAAUGCCAACUACAAACCCUAUUACCACUAAUACCAUUAAACCACCCAGAUUAGUUUAUGCACCAAAAACACGUAGAGUGGAUAGUUAUGGUGGUUUAGAUUUAACAGUUUUUGAAAGGUUGCCAUUGCCUUUAAUUGUACCAAUAAUUCAAGAUUUAGGCGCUGUUGAUAUUCAUGCUCUUACAAUGUCAUUAAAAUCAGGAAUGAAAUUGGAAGUUACAAAUGCACUUAACACAUUAACAACAAUUUCAAGUCACAAAAGUGCAUUAGUAGAUUUGAGUAGAUGUGGUGAACUGGUUGAUGUAUUGAUUGAUAUAAUAAUGGAAUAUUUUAAUUGUGUAUCAAUCAAUUAUUAUUCUGAUAAAGCUAGAUAUGAAAUUUCAUUGCCAAACAGUAAAUUUUUAACAUAUGUAGAGUUAUUUCAACAAUCAAAAAGGGAAUACGAAGAGUUUUCAGAUGUUGAACUUGAACAAUUUUCUAUUUCAGAAGGAUGGUUACCAUUACAUGAACAGUGUUGGUGUGCAUUGAAUAUAAUUAGAAACUUUUCUUUUACACAUGAUAAUCAUAAGUAUUUGGCACAUCAUCCAAGAAUAUAUGCAAGGAAAAAAGCUUAUGAUAUAUUAGAAUAUCGUAAAAGUGUUCUAAUAAUUUUAUCAAAUAUUGCAGGAUAUGUUCUGAUACCUUCAAUACCAGUAGCAAGUGAACUUUUAUUGAUAAUUUCAGAUUUUCUAAAUAAUUCAGAUGAUUAUUAUGCACAGAUAGCAUUAGAAGUUUUAUCCAAAUUGACAGUCUCAUAUGAAAAUAGACAGAAAUUUGGUGAAUGUGAUGAAGAUACAUUGAAAUCAAUUUUUGAAAAACUUGUAAGAUUGUUGCCAAAAGCUGAAAGUAAUAUUUUUGGUGGUGGCAAUAUUAGUAGCAGUAAUAGUUCUUAUAAUAAUAAUUAUUAUAAUAGCAAUAUUAUAACUCAUACAUCAUCAAUUCAAGAAUUACCAUUCUUAGCUACCUUGAUAAUGUCGUUUUUUAAUUUUGCAAGUUUAAGUAAUGAAACUAUGAAAAAAAGAAUUAUAACCACACCAGGAUUUAUAAAUCGAAUGCUUAAGAUGACAUUGGUAUUGGCAAGUGUUAGAAAUAUUAGAACAGGUGUUAACGAAGUAGAUUGUGUUAUGUUAGCUAGAAGAUCAAUGGAAAUGCUCAAAGUGUUGGCCAAAGGAAAUAAAGAAAGUUUUCUUGUAUAUAAUGAACAGUUAUUAAAUGCUUUAUUAACUCCAUAUAUUGAUCCUGUUGUAGUAAAAGAUCUAGAGGGUAUUGUUAUUUAUCAUGUUGAUAUAUAA